UCAAGCAUAUGACGGCUGAAGCAGCGCUGUGUACCACCGUUUACACAAUAACCAAAUCAACAUUAGUGCUCUUCCCAGCAAAAGAAAAUCUAAAUUCCCCAAAAAUUUGAAUAAAACUAAAAGCCUGAAAUUUCCGUCACAAUAGAACAUAGGAAACAUAACGACAAGUUCCUAUGACAAGUUCCAAGACUAGGGUCUUGCUCUAAUUAACAGCUGUUAAACUCUCAGCAGAAAUGAAGUAGAAGAUAUUUAUGAUCGUGGGUGGAGCUACAGUGUGACAUCACUGCAGGUCACUGAAAGACUGAAAGUGAAAAUGCUUCAUCAAACAACACUUCUAUUCAGAAACUAAAAUCAACUAUCAAAAGUACCUAUUACAGUCAUGGCGUCCUCCAGCGGUCCACUAAACGAGGAGCUCCUGUGCUCCAUCUGUCUGGAUGUGUUCACUGAUCCGGUCACCGCUCCAUGUGGACACAACUUCUGCAGAACCUGCCUGAACAAGUUCUGGACCAACACUCAGACCUGCUGCUGUCCAUCCUGUAAAGAAACUUUCAGCGGAAGACCUGAUCUCAAGAUUAACACAACACUCAGAGAGGUUGUUCAACACUUUAAGGAGAAGCUCUAUCUAGGAAGACCUGAGGUGUUGUGUGACAUCUGUGAUGAAAGGAAGCAGAAAGCCGUGAAGUCCUGUCUGACGUGUCAAAGCUCUUUCUGUGAGACUCACCUGGAGCCUCAUCACAGAGUCCAGCGUCUAAAGAAACACACACUCAUCAACGCUGUGGAAAAUCUGGAGGAUUAUAUAUGCCAAAAACACGAAAGACCUCUGGAGCUGUUCUGCAGAGAUGAUCAGAUGUGUGUGUGUAUGUCCUGCACUGAAGGAGAACACAGGACUCACAACACCGUUCCCAUAGAGGAGGAGAGUGAAGAGAAGAAGAAUCAGCUGGUUCAGAAACAAACAGACGUGCAGCAGAUGAUCCAGGACAGAAUGAAGAAGAUACAAGAGAUCCAGCACUCAGUAGAGGAGAGAAAGAGGAACACAGAAGAAGAGAAAUCAGCCAGUGUCGAGCUCUGCACCAAUCUGAUCCGCUCCAUUGAGAGAUGUCAGUCUGAGCUGCUGAAGAUGAUGGAGGAACAGCAGAAAGCAGCAGAGAAACAGGCUGAAGAUCUCAUUAAAGAGCUGCAGCAAGAAAUCAGUGAUCUGAAGAAGAGAAACGCUGAGCUGGAGCAGAUCUCACACGCUGAAGAUCAUCUGUACCUCCUGCAGAUGUUCUCGUCCCUGCCCAGUCAUCCUCACACCAAGAACUGGGCCGAGAUCUGCAUUGACUCUGAAGUGAAUGUGCCUUCAAAGAACGGAGCUCUGAUUCAGCUGAAGAAAACUCUAGAUGAGAGACUAAAUCAGAUUGGUCAAACUGGGUUGAAGUGUCUACAGACGUUUGCAGUGGAUGUGACUCUGGAUCCUGAAACGGCGCAUCCGUCUCUCAUCCUGUCUGAUGAUGGAAAACAAGUCAGUCAUGGAAACAUUAAGCAGGACGUCCCAGAAAACCCAAAGAGAUUUGACAUCUGUUCUUGUGUUCUGGCAAAGCAGGGAUUCAGUUCGGGCAGGUUUUACUUCGAGGUGCAGGUGAAGGGAAAGACAGCGUGGAGUUUAGGGGUGUCCAGAGAAUAUAUUAACAGGAAGGGGAAGAUCUUACUGACUCCUGAGGAUGGAUACUGGACUUUAAUUCUGAGGAAUGAGAAUCAGUAUAAAGCUUCUGAUAAUCCAUCACUCUCUUUAUCUCUGAAAGUGAAACCUGAGGUUGUGGGAGUGUUUGUGGAUUAUGAGGAGGGUCUGGUCUCUUUUUAUGACGCAGGACACCAAUCUCAUAUCUACUCUUUCACUGGUCAGACUUUCACUGACAAACUCUAUCCAUACUUCAGCCCAUACCUUCAUGAAGGAGGAAAAAACUCAAAGCCACUGAUCAUCUCACCUGUUAACAAAUAAAUUGCUCCGAAAUAUAAAAAAAAAUUGGGAAUUUUUUUUUAAUGUUUGUUUACUAUUAUUGCUGUUUUAAAUUUUAUGUUAAAAAUCAAAUGUUUAUAAAUAUCUGAUUAAAUGGAAAUUCAUUUCUACUGACAUUUCUUUAACAAGUGUGCAGAUCACUUUAAUCUUGUCAUAAUAUAUACAGUGUUAAAUUGGCACGUUUAAUCAGUUUAAAUGUUUAAUAUGUUUUGUAUGUUCUACCGCAAAUGCAUAAAUAAAUAAUUGCAAACAGUCCCAAAGUCUGGCAUGAAGUUUAGAGAAGAUUAAGGUUUCUGUGAGCGAGGAACGACCAGCCUCUCUUGCUCUUCAUCGUGACUCGAAUCAGAUAUUAUUCAUAUAUUAGAUAUUGAGAGAAUGAGCUUCUGUCCAGCGGAGGGCAGCAUUCACGAGCCACUGAGAAACCAGAAAUAACUGGCAAUUAUAACAUGAAAUAUUGUUUUUAUGGUAAUAUAUUUGCUGUAGUAUUUUCCAUUCAUCUGAUCAGCCAUGAACCCCCUUUCUUUCAUUGCGGGACGUCCGGCAUUUGUAUAAAAACUAGACGUUUAUGAUAACCUGAUAAUAUUCAACAGCACGCAUGCUACUGUUUGAAAUGUUCGGCACUGCAUGCUGCAUACAAUAAUUAAAAAAGAAUAAUAAAACCGUGUAGGCGAAUAAACCGACGUGUUAAUAUUCUACACAUAAUGGAAGUAAAGCAGAUUUCUAGAAGAUUCAGGUUUGUAUUUUACACACACUUCAUGAAAACAAUCAUUAAAAUUUCCAGAAAGACUGAUUCAAAUGAUCAGUAAUAGAAUGAAAGAGAUACACGACUGAAGUCAUAAAUAUUGGCACCCGCCAAAAUCAAUUCAAUAUUUGAACGGAUUUAAAUGUUUUCCAAUAUCUAAAUAAAUAAAUGCAUACGUUGUUGCUCGGUGUAUUAAAUCUUCUGAAACAGAUUAUUUCAAAUCAUUUCAUUACUCAUUAACCAACUUGACUGGAACGUUUUUACCAGCAUCAGAAAGA